AUGAAGCACCUGCCACUGAUGCUCGAAGGCUCCGCUCGGGCAUGGCUGACACAGCUACCCCCGGGUAGCAUAUUCUGUUGGGAUGAUUUGGCGAGAGUGUUCGUCAAAACCUUUGAAGGCUCUUACAAGAGACCAGGUGGUUUGGCCGAGUUACAACACUGCGUACAGAGGCAGAACAAAACACUCCGUGAGUUCAUUCAGCGGUGGACCACCUUACACAAUACGGUGGAGAACGUCACCGAGCACGAGGCGAUCUGCGCCUUCAUGGCCGGAGUCAGAUACCGAGAGUUGAACAUGAAGUUCGGCCAAACUGAAACCCCGAGUCUCAGUCGGGCUGUGGAGAUAGCCAAUCUAUAUGCCAACAGUGAAGAGGAAGACAGACUGAUAAGCGGCAAAAUCCGAGCAGCCAAUGCUCAUCAGUCGGACAACAACAAGGGCAAGAAGCACAAGGGGAAGGCUGAAGCUGGAGGCAGUGUUGAGGCUGCGGCCCUGGACAACCAAGGCAAAAGCAAAGGCUCCCAAAAUACAAAGAAAGACUGGAAGGGGAAGAAGCAAGUCACCCUGAAGAGUGACAUCCUCGAUGAACCUUGCUAG